GCAUCCGUCGCCCCACAUAGCAAUCAAUCGUUAGGGUUUUGCGCGUUAAGCCCUCGAGUGUCGUCCCAGAUCAGUGGCUGAGCCAGUCAUGGCGUCUCGGUACAGAUCGAUCUCGCGGCCGGCUCUCUCCUUCCUCAACCACGCUAGGACGAGAAACGCCAGCCCUCUUCUCUCACCAAAUCCUUCCAUUCUUCGUCGGCCUCGCUCUCCAAGUGUCUCGCGUGAACUGGGGGCUCUCUGCACCCUCCUGCCGCUCUACAGCGCGGUGUCCUCGGCGCGUCUGAUCUCGAGGCUGGGGAUCGACGCCUCCGGGAGCUCGUCCUCAAGGUCCUUGUCCCAGGAGUUGGGUCUUUCCGUGCCCCGAUGAAUUUGCACUGAUUGUCGUUCAUAUUCUGAGGGUUUCAGGUUAGUUUGCUCUUAUAAAAAGUUCAAGCGAGAUUCUCAUACAAUUUUAUCGAAACCAUUAGAUAAAUUCCUUGUUGUCAAUCAGCUUGAAUAAUUUGUCAAAGUUAGGAUGAGUUCAAUGUUCAAAUACUCUUCUGUUUAAUAGCCUCAUUGUAGGCUUUCGUUGUGAUGUUUUGCCAACAAAAUCACAAAUGUUAUGAAACCCAAUUGGCUGGUUUGAUGAUUUCUUUGUCUGACAGAUUGAAUUGUAUCUGAUUGCCGGUAAACUCUUAAGUCAGCACUCGAUUUACUCGACAGAUUGACAACCUUUCUUUUUUGUGAGAGUAGGGAUGGAAAUGUAGUGAGGCAUUGCGGGUUAGCUAUGAACUUUUUUAUCCUAUCUUCUUGCGGGCUGGGUUUAAGGCAGGGCAUAACUAACAUAUGUUCGAAUUGGGGUUUCGACUAAUUCAACUGCAAGAAGUUGCGACCCGAGUUUGAGCAAUUAAAUCAUUGCUUGUCUGCAUCAAUCGGUCAGUUGGAUCCAUCGUCUUCAGAUAUGGAUUGGCUUAGUCACUUCGAUUGGUAGGUAGGUUGGAUUCAUUUGUCUUCAGGUCGUGGUGAAGUUUGUGUUACUCUCAUGUUAGCGGUCAGGAUUGUUUAGCAGAAGUGGAAGGAUCUACUAGUUCGAUCUCAUUGUAAGCGAUUAGAAUUGUCAAUCAGAGACACAAGAUUCUUGUUCAUGUGAAUGUUAUCUGUGACCAUAAGCGAUUAGGAUCGUCCA